UUUCAACUGACAGCAGCUCUCAGAUUAGCCAGGAGCCGUCAUGCUUCAUCCUGCCAGAUCAAUCCAGCUCCUUGCGCUCCUUCUUCUGCUGAGCACGAGCAGCCCAGCUGUUCACAAUGAUGCCACAGAGUCCAUCAGUCCCCAGCCGGAGAUGGACACCCAGGAACAGCCGGCUGAAGAAGACGCAAACCAGGCAAGGAACGGUGGAAGAAGACCAGUGGACGCAGGGAACAGUGGCCCAGACCAGAGCCAAGUGGGCUGCAGAGAGUUGAGGUCCACAAAGUACAUCUCUGAUGGGCAGUGCACCAGCGUGAACCCCAUCAAGGAGCUGGUCUGUGCUGGGGAGUGUCUUCCAGCCCACUUGCUGCCAAAUUGGAUUGGCAGUAGCGGUUACACUGGGAGGUACUGGAGCCGCCGGGACGCCCAAGAGUGGCGCUGUGUCAUCGACCGAACCAGGACCCAGCGAAUCCGACUGCAGUGCCACGAUGGGAGCUCCAGGACCUACAAGAUAACCGUGGUGACCUCGUGCAAAUGCAAGCGCUACACAAGGCAGCAGAAUGACUCAGGACACAAGGACACAUCUACCCACAGCAGCAAACAACAGAAGAAAAGCCAGGUGAAGCCUGGGCUCCAGGAGGUGACAGCCAGCAGCAGGCAGCCUGAAAACUAAAACCCACGUAAUCCAGCAGCAGUUACAAAGAGAAACUCCAAACAGCCACUCCCGUCUUCAUCAGGACUUUGGAUAUGGAUGGAUUCAUUUUAAAUGUGCAAACAGUAACCGGAUAUUUAAGGGCCAGGCUAGAUGAGAAAUGAGAGAAAGUAGAUUAUAGUUAUUGUCACACACACACAUAAAAAAAAGUGAGUAAAAUUGAGUCUAUAGCCAAAAUCCGGCAUUUGGAUUAAUAUAAUCUGGUCUACUUCAGAGAGUGAGCCAUUCAGAUGGAAACCACUCUCCUGUGAAUGAUCAUCAACAAGACUCACGUUAACAUGUUUUAUUUCAUUUGUUCAGCUGAAGCAACAAUUCAUGUGUACACGGUAGAACUGUUUAUUGAUGAGAAACCUAUCCAUUCAGCACUGCGGAUACGGUCAGUGACCACAGAUCUGACUUUGGUUUCUGUACAGGAACAAUAGCUUCAAACGAAACCAAACUAACUCCGAUGUGAUGACAAAACCCGGUGCACGGUGUGGUGCACAGUCACUGCACCUGGCUGUUAGUCGAGAAAUACCGCAGCAGCAUCCAGCAAAAUGUAAGACCUCUUAUUCUGUAGGGAAGAAUGGGAAAGUAGAUUUUGUGUUAUUACUUUACACUUAGUCAAACCUUAAGCAUGGUAGAAAACACCAGUGAGUCAUACCAUCACUGGUUGGAUAAUGUUCACAGGAAAUGUUCUGUUGUUUUUUUUAUUAUUAUUAUUUUCGAGGAAACAAAGUGCUUCGCUGGGUCACAGGGAGGUGAUUGGAGCAAGUGACGAGUGUACAAAGCACUGAAGUUUGAUUAGCGUCACUACAACGUAGUACGAUCGGGCAUUAUUUUGUAGCAUCGGAUGUUUUGGUGGAAAAUAAAUGAAAAUAUGACCUAAUUAAACAGAUUGCCAGUGAAGAUUUUACUGAUGCGAUCAAAUCUCCUCAUGAGUUAAUUAAUGUCCUCAUUACGUUAGCGAAAAUCGUAAACCGCAUAUCAUUCAAAAUGCCUCUAAUGAUUUGCUCUCACGCGUUUGGUCUAAAACCUCCAAAAGAUGUGACGGGUUCCAUCAGAGCGUGCAUGUCACUUGACACCCGCCAAAACACACAAGAACACGUUGUAGUUACACACAGCUGUCUGUCAAUAUGAGGGCUUGGUUUGCUUCAGAAAGGUCUUUGGGUUCAUUGUGUCACGCUUACCAGCUUGUUUUGACAUAGAGCAACUUAAUGUAAAAAAAUUAUGAUCUAUUACAUAGUAAAUGUUCCACCGAUGCAUUGGAUGCGUGAUUUAUAAACAUUUCUAAUGUGAAGUUAGAUUUAUAUAUUAUAGAGUGAUAUCCAAAUAGCCUAUAGUAUGAAUGUAAUGUACAAUGUGUGGGUAAAGUAGGGGUUUUAAGAGUGUAUAGUAUGCAAUUUAUUUUUCUACUUAAACGUUCUUUUUUUUAAUGAUUUUUUUUUGUCAUUGUCAGAAAUAAUGAGAAUUGUUUACAAGUCUGUGGUCUGACAUGAGGCUGCAGGCAUGUCAGACAGCCUCACUACAAACAGGAACUCCCUAACAACAGACGCAUUAGUCAGUGAUGAAACUCUAUUUUCAACAGCUGCCAUACUUUGUUUUAUUGUGAAGGGGAUACCUUCACCUCCAGGCUACUGGGGCUUGUUCCAGCUGCGGCAACAUGCUUUAUUGUCUCAUGUAUCCAUUCAUUUUUUUCUUCUCUCCCCCCUCUGAGAACUGUGGGCAAAGAUAGGAAGAAAAGAAUCACCUGCACUGGAUGAUAACAGGAUGUUUGACUUGUGUUACCUGCAGAGUGAAAAGGAUUGAUGUCCUUUUGUUGGUUUAUAUCCUGUUGUAAUAGUGACUGGGCUUCAGAACAAGAUAAAGUCUAGGAAUGUUGAUUAGAAGGUAGAAAGAAAACUUUUUUCAGACAACCUCUGAGUGGGACUUGUAUAGUUGUAGCAGAAACUGACUAAGGUGGAAAUAAAUAU